GUAGAAAUAAUUCACAACACGAUUUUGAAUUCUUUUUUAGAAAAGUUAUGGAAAAGUUUUAAAUCGUAACUAGCUUCACAAUUAGCAAAUAAUUGUUAUCGCUCAUAUUUUAAUAUGUGAAUAUUUUACUUUUCGAACAACGACGGCGCGACAGCGGUUGUUAUGUAGGCACAAAGAGUAUGUAACACUACGUUUAUGUAGGCAUAAGACUACGGUAGUGUUCUGUGGAUACGCUUGUUGAAUGUAAACAAUGAUACAUGCUUAUUAAGUACUUAAGUACCGUAUCUACCUACUCAAAAUCUACGAGUUCUCUGCUGAAAUGAGUCAUUAACGUGCGAAACACGUUCCGUAUAUUGUUUGUAAUAUCGGUUAGUGCUUGGGUGUCAAGGAGUGAUGCGCAGCGAGCCUCGGACAUCAGAGCUUAUCUCAUCGUAGGCGUUGCUAGUGUAAGCAUCGCGUUCAAACGUUUUGUAUGGACGUAACGUACGAACCAUAAAGACUGCGCAAGUAUGACAUACCCUAAUCAACCUCGGCUACCCCAGUCCAUGGGCUCUUCCAACACUAUGUUUGUAACUGAAGUAAGAUUUGAUCCAUCAUACGCUAAAACGGUACCGGGAGUCAUAAAAAUAAUCAUUAUAAUAUUCAGUUUGAUUGCCUUCAUCUGCAUUCAAGCUUCGUCGUUCUGGUCAAAUGGACGUGGAGUCUACUUCAAUGUUAUAGCACAAUUUGGUAUCUGGUAUUCAGUUGGCAUCCUUUUCUGCUAUCUAUUUCACAUAGUAGAAAAAUACCACAAUUGGAAAUGGUUACGGAUUGAAAUGAUAGCUGAUGUUGCAUUUGUGUUCCUUUACCUUACAACUUCAACAAUUGUUGUGGCUUUUGGAUCUGCUGCAUACUCAGCUGCUGGGUUUUUCGGCUACCUGACUAUGGUGCUUUUCGGGAGCGACGCCUUUAUAAAGUUCAACGCGAUAAAGGCAGGCGAACUGGCGCAGGGACGCAAGGUCGUGGCCAAAGAGGCUCACACUCACAUCGCCACACCACCGGCCAUGCCGUGAGACCCUGUACCGAUCAAUAUCGAUAUAAUUAUUGUUUUAAGACUUAAAUGUGCAUACCAUUAGUACCUAAAAUAUGUACCACCAAAUAUUCAUCACAAUUUUCAUAGUUCAAACACUUUUACGGCUCAAUCGCCAGUCAGGCGUCUUUCGCCGUGAAAAAUUAUAAUAUUUAUUGGAAACAUUGGAAAUUGUUGAAAAACAAAAUGAAAAGGCGAGAUUAAAUUGUAAUAUCUUGAAGAUGAUUUGUAAAAUGAAUUAAAGCCUUUCAGUAUUUAAAGUAUUCGUUCGAAAAAAGUUCUAAAACAACGACGUUGUCGAAAUUCCGAAUUGUGACGUCAUUCGUUGCCAAAUGAAAUUACUGUAGUGAAAAACACGUUGAUUCGCUUCUAUAGAAACAACACUGGAACGGUUUUUUUCACCUUGGGAACGGGGAGCAGUGUGCUUAUUACGAGUUUUUUAACUUCUCGAUCGUGUAAGAGUUAACUCAAAUUUGUAUGGAGUUGGAACAGCGGUAGUGGCAAACAUAAGCAAACGAUCCAACUCCAUACAAAUUUUAGUUAACUUUUACGCUAUCGAGAACGUUAAAACAAUCGCACUAAGCACACUGUUUUACGUUCUCAUCGUCAACUGACAUCUAUUUAUAAUUUGUAAUUAAAGCUGGAACCACUCACCGCGCCGUUAACUAAAUAAUCUAGGAACGAUCAACGCAACCACUGAUUGUAUUCCUGCGGUACCAGCGGUAGUUGAAUGUAACCUGUGACGUCACCCGCCCCCACUCACGUGUUAAUGCAAUUUUCAUCAUCCACAGCACGAACAUUAUGUACCUACCUACCGACGCUUAACAACGUUUCGCUCACAAACUGAAGUCAUAUCUGAUCGCGGUUUAUUCAAAUGAUUGGAAGUCUAUUACAAUUUACAAUUAAAUACGGUUAUUUGUACAAUUGCUACGGCAGGAGCGGCUUGCUUGUGACCUUAACAAUGUUGAUGUCCAAGAGCGAGAGUAAGCACCUGCCACGAGCCGUUAGCGAUGUAGGCAGGUACCGCGAGUAGGCAGGACGCCACCUGAAGCUUGACUGAUACUCGCGGCGUAUCUUUAGAACCUAAGUUAUUAACACAUUUAGGUCUCGUUAAAAUUUUGUCAAGUUUAUGAUAAAUGAUUAAAUAGAUAAUUUUACUUUGGUGCUAUGACUUAUUUAUGUGGAUGCCAUUAUAUUUUUAAUUUUUUCAUUCGUAAUUUACACCUGAAACUACGUUGCCAAACAUCAGAAUGUGAUUCGUUAAUAUAAUGCUCACGAAAAUUCAAAUUUACUAAAUUUUAUUUAGAUUAAAUGGCACAUACCAAGUAGAAAGCGUGCGACAGUUGGCGCCAAGCCACCCCCACGGGAGGAGGGGCGCUGAGUACUAUGAGUACUAUUGACACAGUUAUAACUGUUACUCGGGAGGUAAUUAUUAAAAAUAGUGAAACCAGUGUUGUAAUUGCUCUGAGGUAAUACGCGUGCCAAAACUUACACGUCCCAAUAUUUUUACGAGUGCUCAUGUAUGAUAAUUUAUCUGUAAUAUAUUGACAUUAUUAGUUGUUUAGUUAUUUAUUUAUUAUAUGUUAGAAAUUUGUGAUUAACAAAACGGCCUUUACUUAUGACGAUGUAAUCAAAGAUUAGUUUUAAACUUUAAGUUUUAAGUAUUAGUUAGUGACGUAGAAUUAGCUCGAGUGGCGGUGUUUGUGCCGGGAACCGCAAUCCAGAAAGAACUCACCGUCACGUGGACUCGAAUGGCACGGGACCGUCUGAUUUGUCGCUUCUUUGUGAUAUAAUUCUAAGUUUUAUUAUUCUGUAUAUAAUGUUAUAAUAUAUAUUUGAAAUGAACAUGUGUCUGAAAUUGUUGAUUAUGUUUAUUAGACUGCACAAAGCACGUUUUGCUGUCGUCUCGACCGCAUCUCUCGCUUCGAGCAAAGGGACUUGGCUUGGGUAUUAUUCUGUUACUAAAAUAAUUAUGUAUUUGUGUAAUAAUAAUGAAUUGACACAAAUAAUUUGGAAAUAAUCAGUAAUUUGUUACAAGAGUUGCGACCGACGUUCUGUAAUAAUUUAAAAUAAAAUCAGUUAGACGUACCCGCCCUUUCCUAAUUCAUAUCGUCAUUAAAUAUCUUGUAAUUGUGUUAAAGCCGUGUAAAUAACAUUCCAAAUUGUAUAAAAUUAUAUUCUUAAUAAAGCACGUUGCCUAUC